CCGGAGGUGGGCGGUGCGGAGGGGCCGCUUCCUGCCCGGCCGGGGCGGCGAGGAGCGGGCUCCCGAAGGUGUGUGCCAGGAGGAGCUGAAGUGGUGCAUUUUGCAGCUGGAGGCAGAUCUCCACCUCACGCCACCCCCUAAACCAGGUCACAGUUUGAUCUCAUCAGUCCAGCUUGUAGAGAAAUGCAGACACACGUCCUGCUCCUGCUCCUGGCCCCUACUUAACCUUUAGAGGAGGGAUGUGAACCCUCUGUAAGGUGCCCAGUAGAGGAGACUCAGCACAUUCUCAAGGCCCUGUGCUCCCCUGAGACUCCUCUUGCAAAGAAGUAACAAGGGAUGAGUGAUUGGGGAUUAUCGUCUCAGGAUGGCUGAGGAUCAGGAGAGUAUGGAGAAAGCAGGCGUGAAACCUGGUGCUCUGGAAGUGCAGCCAAGCAGUGGACAGGCUGCAGAUGGUGUGAAACUAUCUGACCCAAGCCCUGAGGCGAAGCCAGAGCUGUUCACAUCAUCUGGCAGCAGCUUCCGAUUUGAUUUUACGCUUUCCGAGACUGACCCGGGAGCAGACCCUGGUGACAGUGGAGCUGUCACAGCCACCGAGCAGGAGAGCUGCAACGGAGCCUUGAGCUUUGCUGCCUCUGGACAAGAACCCAAGUUUGCUUUCAACUUUGCCAUCCCAGAUGAAGACUGUCCUCAGCUCCAGCUACUUCCAUCAAGCCAACACACAGACCCUUCACUGCCUGCUGAACCGGCUGCAGCCGUGCGGGACCCUGAGGGGAGUCAGGCUGCAGGGAGUGCAUCCAGAGAGGACAGAAACCAUGUCACAUCAAAGAUCCCCCAAGCAGAGACUGCUCCUGCAGAUGAGGCAGCGACAGCAAAAUCAGCAGGAGAUGGAGCUGCCCAGAAGAAGAAAAAGAAGAAGAAACAAAAACCACCUGUCAGUAAAAAGGAGACAGAGGAAACUGAGACAAGCAGGAAAGCAAAGACAGAAGCUAAGAGCUGUCAAAAUACAAAUACUUCCCAUCAGGAUGAGAAGACCUCUCAGUCAGAGGAGCAGCUGCAGAGGGAGCUGGACUGGUGUGUGCGACAGCUGGAACUUGGCUUGAAGACACAGAAACCCACUGCAAAGCAGGCUGAGGACGCUCUGCGGGCCAUCAGGACGCUGCGCAGUGACAAGGCUCCCCUGGUGAAGAAGCGUCAGCUCAUGAGAGCUAUGUUUGGAGACUACAGGAAGAAGAUGCAGGAGGAGCUGUGCAGGGAGCUGAAGCUCAUGGAAACAGCUGCAAAGGCUGCCAGGAUCGUGGAGGUGAAGGGAAACAUCCUUAAGAAGAACGGCCAGUUCGUCCGGAAGUGCUCGGGAGCUUGCAGGAAAGGCCAGGGUUCAGCAGGAUCCCCUUCAGAGGCCCCCAGGGCACUUUAUGCAGGCUUAUUCAAUGACACAGCUUCCAAAGAAGAAUUUCGCUUUAAUUUCUUCUAGGAAAGUGUCUUAGACUAAAACCAUGGCAGAAAACCUCUGUGCCAGAUCUGUAAACUGCAGAACAGUGGAGAGGUGCUGUGCACCAGGCAAUGGCACCAGUGGUUCUCUGGAUCCUGUUCCAGAGUGCCUUAUCUAGAAGUUUAAACCAGAUCCAUAUGACCCCAGGACUCAGCCAUCAUAGCGCUCCUCUGUGCUCACACUGUAGAGAGGCACCCUUGAAAGGGUCAGCAGUGAAAGGAGCUGGUUUUCUUCCUGUGGAAUUGACAUGAACUGUAAAAUCUGUCUUUUACACCAUGAGAUUUUCCCAUUCUCCUGCGGCUUUUAAAUAGAGCUUUCCUAGCACACAGAGGGGAAUGGUUUGGAAAGAAGCUCCAGCUUUUGUGAAGAUCCAGCAGUGGGUAUUUGGAUGCUUCCACUCCAUGAGUCUGUGAAUGCACCUUCUGACAUCAGCAAACAGCAGCAAUGCCAUCGCUGACAUGGAGGGAGUGGAGCUCAGGGUCUGGGGGGAGAGUGAGUGAGAACCAUUUUUGCUGAUUCAUCUCUUUCAGUGGCAGGUACAGACUUAGAAUAAAACGGCAAAUGCUGAUUUAAUCCAGCCAAGGGAUGUAAGGACAGUUGUUUCCAGAGAGGGAAGGGGUUUUGUUGCUGGAGCCAGGUUCUGGCCAGCUAGGAAGGGUGUACAAUCAGUUCUUAAAUCAGGUUUACUUUGUAAGGAGUCCAGUUACAACCACCAGUGACUCAGGUAAAAUCAGCUGCGUGCCAACCUUGGGUGGUGGUGAAAUGAACUGUCAGAGCCCAAAGACUCUCUUCUAUUUGAUUUGUAUUAAAUUUUGGCUUUUUGAA